AUACGCUAACUUGGGAUUCCCCCAUAUCUACACGGGGACUCGCCAGUAUCGGAUGAAAAUCCAAAAGCACCUGCCAAACACGGUCAGGCUGGGUAGUGACAUCGUGUCGUUUAACUAUGCGGGGCAGCCGCGUAGCUGUCACCGCUGCGGCAGUACAGCCCACUUCGUGGCGGAUUGCCCCGAAACGAAGUGUGGAAAAUGUUGGGAGCUAGGGCAUGUGGCGAAGGAUUGUAAUAACCAGAUGAAGUGCUCGGUAUGCCUGGAGGCGGGUCAUUCCGCAAGGACUUGCCACAAGUCCUUUGCCAGCGUAGUCAAGCCAUCAAGUUCAUGGGCUACGCAAGCGAAGCCCGCUCCUGGCACUUCCAAUGCAGGUCCUGGCGUCCCUAAGACCAAACUGGUUAGCUCAGUCGAUAGUGAGAGUGAGGAAAGCGGUCAGGAAGACAUGCUCGAAGAGGAAACUACUCCUCACAAGUUGGUAGGGGGUCCCACUGCUGCUAACCCAGGUAGUGAAACCAAGUCCCCUCUUAAGGUAGUAGCCACAGACAAAGCCAGGAAGAGUAAAGGGGAUGAGGGCAAGUCUGACGACAAAGUGGAGGAGGAGGUUGCUAAGUCGGAUGACAAAAUCUCUCCCCCCCAGGUGGUAAAGACCCCGGUCAGGGCUGUCACACCACCGUCCGAAUCGCCACCGAAAGGUGAGGAGGGGUUCUGGGAUCUGGGCUCCCUCCCUGAGGAUGGUGCCAACAAAAUGCCAGAAGAUGAGGAAGAGGUGGAAGAAAUGGAGAUUGACAAGCCCACCACCACCUUUAAGCUGGCCCUGUCGGCAUCGCUUGCCGAAGAAUUGAGCAAAAACUUGACCAGUCCUGGCUUCACUAUAGGCGAGGGUGAGCACGGUCCCGAGCUUACCAUGAACCUGGACGAGCCCCUCAUCAUAGACGAAAGUGAUAGAGAGGAGAACGCGCCUAAGCGUCCUCAUCAGAGUGACCCGAGCGAUUCGGACGACUCGGACACCUCGGGAAAGAACCCUAAAGGGAAACUGACAGGAAAGAAGGUCAAAAAGGACUCCGAGAACACUACAAAAUUCGGGUCCCAAAUUGACUUGUUUGCCUCAUCCGGGGAGACUCAGUCUAAGGAGCCCCCAAACAGCUCCAAAGCGAAAAAGUCAGGCCUGAUGGCAGGUGCCAUCAAAGGUGCUGGAAACAAAGGUGGCGGCAACAAAGGUGCUGGCAACAAAGGUGCUGGAAACAAAGGUGGUAAGACUAGCAAUGUCAAGCCACGCUAAGACCCCUUGACCGACCUAAAAA